AAAUGGAUGUGAAAAAGAUUAACAAACUGUACCAGUGUAAUGUCUGCAGCAGUCUUCUUCCGAACCCUUCCGGAACCUUCAUGUCUAUGAAUGAUGCAUUAAUUAACUCCAGUAAUUCUGCUUGUGUAUGGCUAAUUAGGGUGCCAGUGAACAAGGUUUUUCUAGAGUUUCAGUCGUUUGACAUUUGGCAGUCUGUAGACUGUGCCGAUGCCUAUGUACAAGUGUAUGAUGGUAACAGUAAAUCUGCUCCAGUUGUGCUUAGUAGGUCAUGUGGAAGAACACUGCCCAGUUCACUUGUAUCAUCGGGAAGCACAAUGCUUGUAGAAUAUGUCACUGGUGGUUCAGUUCCUGCACUAGGAUUCCAAGCCACGUAUAAUACAGUGACUUGUGGAGCUACAUUAACAGCCUCAAAUGGAAGCUUUACAUCUCCAAAUUUUCCAUCUGCCUAUCCCAGCUUAAUGAACUGUACAUGGGUCAUCAGAGCGCCUGUGGGAUACAAGGUAGCAUUAGUAGUGGAUCCUUUUAGCUUGGAACCAGUGCAGGGAUGCAAGUAUGAUUACCUUAUUAUCCGUGAUGGAAACCAGUCCACAUCACCUAAUAUCGGAAAAUUUUGUGGCACAAUGACUGUGCCUGGGUUUAUCUCAACUGGAAGUGGUGUGAUUAUUCAUUUCCAUAGUGAUGAUUCCAUUCAGGCAUCGGGAUUCAAAGCCACUUACGCAUUUGUUUAAUUCAACGUAUUAAGACGUGUUUGAGAUUGCAAUCAUUAUCAACAACAGAAGCAAUAUCAUCAAUAUAAUCCAAUAUAUUUUUCGAGGAGAUUCGUAGGAGCUGUUCUAAUGGAAUGAUACAUGAUGCACGACAGUAUGGAUUUUCCUGUCCAAGAUAAAGGUUUCCAGGAGUAAUUUUAGGUCAGGUUUCUGAAAAUAAAUGAAGGGGUGUCAAUCUAAUGCAAAAAUAUUAACCUAUCAUCUCUUUUCUCUAUAUUCAUGUGCACAAAUGUGUAUUAAAAUAUGGUUCGAAUAUGUAUUGAUCAUUUAAGUUGGAAUGCUUGUAUUUCAUCAAAAUUAAUAAAAACUGUCUUUAAUGAUCACAUAUGCAUUUUCCUUAUCUUUAUGUCAGGAAUACUAAUAAAUCUUUAUUUUCCUUAUUGCCU